GUCCAAUCAGCCUGCCACGCAUGUUUUUGGAAUGUGGGAGGAAACCGGAGCACCCGGAGAAAACCCACGCAGGCCCGGGGAGAACAUGCAAACUCCACACAGGGAGGCCGGAGCUGGAAUCGAACCCGGUACCUCUGCACUGUGAAGCCGAUGUGCUAACCACUGGACUACCGGGCCGCCGGUAUGUUUUCAUGAAGGACAAUAUUUUGGAGUGCCAUUUUUCCUCAUUAAAAUAAACAUUUUUGGGUUUUUUUAAAUAAUGAAGGCUGAAGUGUAUUUUUGGCAUUCGUGUACAUUUCGUUGGGGAAAAGAACUGGAGCUGUGAGUGUUUGUGUGGUUUUAAUGGACUUUCUGAAACACUCAAAACGCCAUCUGAAUAAAAACUGGGGUCAAACGAGAGGCAAGCAUUGUAAUGUGGGCGAUGUCGGGGACGAGCUAAGUUUAGCCUGGGUUGUUUAUGCAACCACAGAGAGUCUUCACCAGGCUUGUCUGGGUUUUUUUUCUUUCUCCCUCUGAAUGACUGAUUAAAAAGCAACAUCAAAUCAUCCGCCGUCCAUUUACUUUUAAGAAUCAGUUGUGAGAUUAGUUUGAAUUCAGUAUGAUUGUUGUCAGCAGUACAGAAAAAAAUGGACGGGUGAAUAGAGAGUUUUGAGAUAUGCAUUUGUUCCGGAUACAACCUCAACUAUGCCUGCUAUUUGCUGGCUAGGCUGGAAGUGUUCAACUUGGUAUGCGAUGGCCCCUCCCUUUGAGCUCUUCCAUGUAAUCCAAACGCCUGAGCAUGAAGCUAUUUUCUACCCAGCAUGGCUGCUGUGCGCCUGUUGCAGAGGAGCUCGGUCGCCGUGGCUCGAAGCGUCCGCAGAGGGUCAAGGAGUACGUCCUCCAACCGGGGCGUUCCGGAGAAGCCUCCGACGGUGAAGGAUCUCCCGCGCGUGGGCGUUUUGGAGAUGCUCUACCGGAUGGUCUUUCAGGGCUUCUACAGCCGGGCGCAUGAGCUUCAGCUCUACGAGAAGCAGCUCUACGGGUCCAUCUACAUUGACGGCAUGAAGAACGUGUCCCUGACCAGCCCCAAACUGCUGGAACAAGUCUUGAGGAGCGACGAAAAGUUCCCUUGCAGAGGAGACAUGUCCAUUUGGAAGGAUUAUCGUGACAUGAAAGGGUUCGGCUACGGACCUUUCACAGUAGAGGGGGAGCACUGGUACAAGCUGAGGACUGUUUUGAACAAGCGCAUGAUGCUUCCCAAAGAUUCGGCCCGAUAUUGCGGAAUUCUCAACGCCGUGGUUGCCGACUUCAUGGCGAGGCUCGGCUAUGUGCGCCGCUGCAGCCCCACCGGAGAUUUGGUGAUGGAUUUGGCCAAUGAGUUCUAUCGUUUUUCCCUUGAAGCCAUCGCCACGAUAUUGUUUGAGACCAGACUGGGCGCCCUGGAAAAGAACAUUCCGGCAGGUACGCAGCAGUUUAUCGACGCCAUCGCCAAGAUGUUUUCCAACAGUCUGGCCGUGGUGAUGUUGCCCAAGUGGAGCCGGAAUCUGCUUCCGUACUGGGGACGCUACAUCGAUGGAUGGGAGGGCAUCUUCAGCUUUGCCAAACCACUGAUUGACAACAAGUUGGUGGACAUUCAACAGCGCAUAGAGCGCAACCAGAAUGUGGAGGGAGAGUACCUGACGUACUUGCUGUCAAACACCGAGAUGGACACCAAAGACGUGUAUGGAAGCAUAGCUGAGCUUCUCUUAGCCGGAGUGGACACGACCUCCAACACUCUGACGUGGACUUUGCACCUGCUGUCCCGGCACCCACAAAUCCAGGAGAAGCUCCAUAAAGAAGUGUCCGGGUUGAAAACAGCAGAUGGGACUCCGUCUGCAGGCGACUUUGCCCACUUGCCGUAUUUGAGAGCCGUCAUCAAGGAAGCCCUGAGGAUGUAUCCAGUCGUUACCUUCAACGCACGGGUCAUGAGUGAAAAGAGCAUCUGUGUUGGUGGAUAUCACUUUUCCAAAAAUACGGUUUUCACGUUUUGCCACUACGCCAUCAGUCACGACGAGGAAAUCUUCCCGGAGCCGUUCACCUUCAAGCCAGAACGAUGGCUCCGCGACGGCCGUGAGAGGCCUAACGCUUUCGGCUCCAUCCCGUUCGGCUUUGGUGUGAGAGGCUGCGUCGGGCGCAGGAUUGCAGAGCUGGAGAUGUAUCUGGUCGUAUUUCAAAUAAUCAGGAUGUUUGAGAUCAAACCAGACCCCAGCGUUGGAGAGGUGAAAUGCCUUAACCGCACCGUUCUCAUUCCAGACAGACUGAUCAAUCUCCACUUUGUGGACAGAGGAUGCAAAAAGACGGCCUAGAAAUGAACGUGUCUGAUGAAAAUACAGCAAAGUUGCAGAGGAAGGACAACCGAGCUGCAAUAAAGACAGAAAAAACGCCAGCAAUUAAUUCCAC